ACGACGCGCGCGACCCCUAUCUGCCAAAGCACGACACAGACAGGUCUUCCCAAUGGAGGAGAGGAGGAGGAGGCCGGAAAAGAUGCUGUCAUCAGUCGCUGCACCGACUUAAGUGAAUGAGCAUGACCUUAAGUGUAUUUCGAAAUGCUAAUUUGUAGCUAUUAAUAUUAUUAAUUUGAGUCAUCUGUGUUCAUGAUGGCGUCCCAGUGCACGGAGCAAGCCGUGCAGGAUUUUCUGCGGGAGAGAGGAGGGAGGGUCCAACAGAUGGAGCUGAUCGAUCAUUUCAUUUCACUUGGGGAGUGUAAUGACCAGUCAAACGAAGGCGUGGAUCGCGAGGUGCUGAAACGCAUUGUUGACAGCGUGGGUUUCUUGAAGGUGGAGAACGGUGUGAAAUUUGUUUGUUUAGACGCUGAAGGUAGCGUGGGAUCAGUGAUGCGUACGGACACAGACGGACACAAUCACGCGGAGUGCAACGGUAACAUCCAAGUGACGCUAGACGAUGAAUAUUUUAAUGGCAAUCCUGAUAACGGAGACCAAACAGGUGCACCAAGUCCACCCUGUGCCAGCUUGGACAAUGAUAAACACUCAAAUGGUAAUGAACAACCUGCAGCCCUGUUCCAGAGCAAAACCAGCUCGGGGACUCCUACCACCACCGCUGGAGGGGAGGUGAGGCUUAGGGACAGGAGGAGGCGAGAAUCUGCCCCAGUUAUUGGGAUCCAAGAUCUGGAUCAGGCUCACUCUGCUGGAUCCCACAACCAGCAGAUAAGAGGGGCACGCAGGAUCUCCAAGGGAUCCCAGCGGGCCAUACUGACAAGCUGCCUAUCUGAAGACAGCGCAUUGGAGGGACUGGAGUCUAUUGGGGAUAUCAGCACACCAAAAGGAAGCCGCAGGAACUUCAUAGAGUUGAUGAUGAGCAGUUCUCCUCAGGUUCGGAGGUCCUUGAUCAGCCGUGGCUCACGCAUCCGAGACUCAGUGAGAAGCGACGGCGACUCAACGUCACUGCUCUCCUCCAACACCGAUGAGGAUUGUCCCUCGGUAACCCUGGACCCACUAGAGCAUGAGUGGAUGCUUUGCGCCUCAGAUGGCCUGUGGGAGAGUCUGCAGCCCCUGCUUUCAGUGGAACCGAGUCUUGUGACCAAAAGAGACUUUGUGACAGGCUUCACCUGUCUCCACUGGGCAGCCAAACAGGGCAAAGCCGAACUCCUUUCCCAGCUGCUGGCCUUUGCUAAGGAGAACACUAUACCUGUGAAUGUAAACGUGAGAUCAAGUGCUGGGUACACACCGCUACACCUGGCUGCUAUGCAUGGGCACACACAGGUGGUUCGUGUGCUGCUGUCAGACUGGGAAGCAGACCCUGAGGCUCGAGAUUACAGCGGGAGGCGAGCCAUCCAGUACCUGCCACCGCUUUUGGUCACUGACCUGCAGCAGGAGGGAGUGGUCACCUCACCAGGAGCAGAGUCGGACACAGAAAAUGGCAGCAGCAAAGGGCGUGGUUGGAGGUUUCCCAAAGUUCUCCAGGGCAACCUUAACCCACUCCGGCUACUGAACUCACCAGCAGAGACAGCAGACGACUCACCAGGCUCUGGGAAGAGCAAGGGGGGCUUGCAAAGGAAGUCGUCCCUCAGCCGGCUGAACGCUCGGCUGCAUCGAGGGCGCCACCGAGCUCAGAUCAUCCACAGCACUUCCUUCAGGGACACGGAUGAGGUGGGAAGAGGAGAGGAACUACCCAGCAGUCCUAUCCGAACCAGGCCACUUUCCAACUUGUUUGGCUGAACUUAAACCUGCGUUUGACACGAUUUAAUUCAAUGAAUACCUACGUUUAUAAUCUGACAGGUGAGAUAUUUUUAUUGCAGAAACUAAUAGUACUUAUUAUAAAAAACUGAGUUGAUUUUGGAGUUUUUCUAUAGUAGGACUUUACAUAAAUAACCGCAAAUCAAUGCUUUUCUAAAGCUCUAAUUCACUUUGGUUCUAAAUGCAGUUUGGAUUUUGUUAAAUAUACAGGGCAGGACACAAUACACUCAGCAUUUUAAAUAUCACUUGAAUUCACAGACUGAAAGCUCCACUACUU